AUGUCGUGGAAGAGGAACUACUUUGCGUCGGGUGGCGGAGCAGUAGGCGGGGUGCAGGGGCUGGUGACCCCGAGAACCAUGACCUCUAUCGCACCCAGCAAAGGCCUGAGCAACGAGCCCGGACAGAACAGCUGCUUCCUCAACAGCGCUCUGCAGGUUCUGUGGCAUCUCGACAUCUUCCGCAGAAGCUUUCGCCAGCUGACCACGCACAAGUGCAUGGAGGACUCGUGUAUCUUCUGCGCUUUGAAGAGUAUCUUUGCUCAGUUCCAGUUCAGCAGUGAGCGCGUGCUGCCGUCAGAUGCACUGCGCAGCGCUCUGGCCAAGACUUUCCAGGACGAACAACGCUUUCAGCUGGGUAUCAUGGACGACGCCGCUGAGUGCUUCGAGAAUCUCCUCAUGCGUAUCCACUUCCACAUCAGCGCGGAGAGUAGAGAGGACAUCUGCACAGCCAAACACUGCAUACCACACCAGAAGUUUGCCAUGACUCUGUUCGAACAGUGUGUGUGUAACAGCUGUGGCGCCACGUCAGAUCCCUUGCCCUUCAUUCAGAUGGUUCAUUACAUCUCCACUACAUCCCUCUGCAACCAGGCAGUGAGGAUGCUGGAGUGCAGAGACAAACCCACACCGGACAUGUUUGGAGAACUGCUCCGCAACGCCAGCAACAUGGGAGACCUGCGCAACUGCCCUAGUAACUGUGGGGAGGUGCUGCGUAUCCGCCGGGUGCUGAUGAACUCCCCGGAGAUCGUGUCCAUUGGGCUGGUGUGGGACUCGGACCACUCUGACCUGGCGGAGGACGUCAUCCACAGCCUGGGGACCUGCCUGCGUCUGGGAGAUUUGUUCUACCGUGUGACUGAGGAGAGGGCUCGCCAGGCGGAGCUCUACUUGGUGGGCAUGGUGUGCUACUACGGCAAGCACUACUCCACCUUCUUCUUCCAGACCAAGAUACGCAAGUGGAUGUACUUCGACGACGCCCACGUCAAAGAGAUCGGCCCUAAGUGGAAGGACGUGGUGUCUCGCUGUAUCAAAGGCCACUAUCAGCCCCUGCUGCUGCUCUACGCUGACCCCCGUGGGACACCGGUGAUACUGCAGGAGAGCCCCAACCCCUGUACCAGCUCCAACCCACAGCUGGAGCUCCAGCACUGCAGCAGCAAGGCUGGGUACGACAGCGAAGACUCUGGUCGGGAGCCGUCCAUAUCCAGCGAUACUCGUACCGACUCUUCGACGGAGAGCUCGAGUCACCGCGCCUCCCGCAGCCGAUCCCUCCACCAGUCCACGGGCAGCCACCUCUCCAGCGAAUCCCAGACCACAGUGGUCUGUAAUCACGACACCGGCACACCGCCGCACGGUGCUGACGCCGGAGAGUCAGCAGUGGAGGGUCCUCCCCGCCCUCCCUCUCCUCCUCUGCAGGAGUACAAGGAGACGGCCGUCUUCCUCCUCUCCUCCCGCCGGCCACUCACCUCCUCCUCCUCCUCCUCUCGUCCCCUGUCCUCCUCCUCUUCGUCAGGGGUCGGGGGCUGUGAGGGAGGGGCUGGGGGGCCCCACUGGGAGGAUGAAAGCACCAGCAGUGAGAGCAAGUCCAGUUCUUCAGGAGGCCGCUACAGGCCAACCUGGAGGCCCAGAAGAGAGGCCCUGAACAUCGACAGCAUCUUCACCCGUCCGAGAGGCUCCUGUCUGGGCUACAACACCCUGCCUGGUCCCUCUCUCCCCUCGCAGCCCCAAGACUUCUUCCCCUUGGCGGGACCCCCUCCCCCCUCACAGCCGGGGCUACAAGAGGUGGAAGGGAGGGAGGCUGGGGAGUUGGAGGCGGGGUUUGGGCUGGUCGGACAGCCCCGGUCUCUGGGCAGCGGGCAAACAAUGGGUCCCCCUGCCCCCCCACCUCUGAGAGGGGUAGAGCACCAGCCACGUCUGAUCCAGAGGAUGGAAAGUGGCUACGAGAGCAGCGAGAGGAACAGCAGCAGCCCCGACAGGGAGGUGGGGCAACAGAAACGGGUGCUGAUGUCAGGACCUUCAUGGCGUUCGGUGCCCAAGUCAAAGAGCAGCGGCGCCAUCCUGCAGGAGUUGCCCUCCCCCAGCUGGGGCGGCGGCACCAACACAGGCGGACCAGGGCGCAGUGAGCUGGACGAGCUGCAGGAGGAGGUGGCGAGGAGAGCCCGCCAGCAGGAGCAGCAGAAGCGGAGGGAGGCAGAACGGGAGGCUGCCAUGGGAUUCAACCCCAAACCCAGCAAAUUCAUGGACCUGGACCAGCUCCAACACCAGGUGAACAGCCUGGCCCGGUCCAAGUACUGCUGACGCCCAAUCAGGAGGAGGAAGAGGACCAGGCAACGCCCAACCAGGACGCUGCUCUGGACCCGGACCCGCCCCCUCCACCCUAUCGGCCCGCUCCCCCUCGACCCCU